AUAAAGCUAGAUGCGCAAUGCACCAGUCUCUAUAGACCAGAUCAGCAUUACACGAGUCUGCAACAUGGGGGCUGCACGGCUUGUUGCGACUUUUGCUCUUAUUUUCGUUUACCUUAAUGGAAGUCAAGCAGCUAAGCCACACAUUGUGUUUAUAGUUGCGGACGAUCUGGGCUGGAACGAUGUUGGUUUCCGUAAUCCACAGGUUCAGACGCCACACCUGGACAAGUUGGCCAAAACUGGAGUCAUCCUCAACUCCUCCUAUGUCCAGCCCGUGUGCUCGCCAUCCAGAAACUGCUUCAUGUCGGGGUACUUCCCCUACCACACUGGACUACAGGACGGCGUCAUCAGUCCAACUUCUCCUGGAUUUGUUCCAAUCAAGUUCACCUUCCUCCCACAGAAGUUAAAGGGACUAGGAUAUAGCACCCAUGCUGUUGGGAAGUGGCAUUUAGGCUUCUGCAACUUGAAAUACACCCCUGUCUACCGUGGGUUUGAUACCUAUGUUGGGUAUUACAUGGGUGGUGAGGACUAUUACAAGCACACAAAAACAUUUGACAAUUAUUCUGGAUAUGAUCUACGCUUUAACACUUCUGCAUAUACGGAACCAAAGGGUAAAUAUUCAACGCGCGUGUUUGCAGAAAGGGCAGUUGAUAUCAUCAAGUCUCACGAUAAGGACACGCCACUUUAUUUGUAUCUGCCGUUUCAAGCAGUACAUGAACCUCUACAAGUUCCCCCUGAGUAUGAGAAUUUGUACAAGCAUAUCCAGAAUGAAGAACGAAGAACCUACUGCGGUAUGAUCAGUGCUCUUGAUGAAGCUGUUGCUAACAUCACGAAUGCUUUAGAGGAAACGGGACUCAUUGACAACUUGCUGCUGGUGUUUACGACUGACAAUGGUGGGCCUUAUUGGCAUGCUUCUAACAACCUUCCUCUUCGUGGAGCUAAAGCGACAUUAUGGGAAGGUGGGACGAAAGGAGCUGGAUUCAUCUACAGUAAAACCCUUCUGAAGAAGACGGGCUACCUCAACACUGGAAUGAUGCAUGCUGUAGACUGGUACCCGACCUUUGUGGAGCUGGCUGGUGGAGAGAACACAGACCCCAACAUGGACGGAGUCAGUCAGUACGACAUGCUCAUCAAUGGUGGCCCGAGUAAGAGGAAAGAGUUCGUCUACAAUAUCUAUGACAAGUCCAAAUCUGCAGCAAUUAGAUAUGGAGACCUGAAACUGAUGCGAGGUUCACCGGGAUCUCACAAUGAUUGGAAUCCUCUUCCACAGUCUGGUGAGCGUUCAGAUGUCCUUUUCCAGGAAAAGAAGGACAAGUUUCCUCCAUAUAUGUUGUACAAUAUCACUUCCGACCCAACUGAACAUUUCGACCUGUCUGCUAAGUACCCCGAGCUUGUAGCGAUGAUGAAAGAACGCCUUGAGAACUGGGAGAAGACGCGAGUACCAGCUUAUCAACCACCAAUGGAUCCUAAAUCAAACCCAGCUCUCUAUGGAGGCAACUGGAGCCCAGGGUGGUGCUGAAUGUUGUAUUUUGUUGGCUACCAGAAACGCUACGGUUAAUUUCAUUGACAAUCAGAGACAAAAUAGUGAGUAUAGUUUUUCGCCACUUUGAGCAAUAUUCCUGCAAUAUCACGGCGGAGGACUCCAAAAAAUGGGCUGUACACAUUGUAGACAUGUGCGGAAACGAACCCGGGUCUUCGGCGUGACGAGCGAACGCUUUACCCACAAGACUACCCAACCUCCCCAUUGACAAAGUGCGUGAUUAGUACUUUUCAGUUGAAUCCCAUUGAUUGUUCUGUUACCCGUUAAUGUACGGUUGAUGAAGUGACAAGCAUUGUCAAUGAAAUUAUGGCUGCCUUAUCGAUUUCAACUUCUCUAUUUUUUCAAUGUGGCGUUUCGAGACAGACGUUUGAAACUUACUAUCACCGGUAUCUAAACGUCGCAUUGAAAAAAUAAAUAAGUUGAAAUCCACAAGUCUUCAUUUAAACCUUAAUGUCUUGAUGCUGGACAAAAGAAACGCGCCCAUGUUUGAUGGUGUCUAAAAAUGAAACAGAUAGGAAAUGGUUAUUCGAUGGGGGUAUAUUUCAUACGGUUGUGUUUUGGACCUCAAGUCUUCAGUGUUUCGGGGACUGUUGUCACAUAAGUAACGUUUUGAUAACGUUUGUAAAUUUUAUUCAAAUCCAAUUUUCAGGAGUACACUUUUGUUUGAUUUAUCCCGGCAGUUUAUAUUGGAUCAAUUUUCGAUGUAGCGAGGACGGAUAUAGUAUCGGUAAAUAUCUACGAUCAGCAUUAACGAACAUAAUUACUCAUGUCUGUUGCAGUCAUGUGAGUAGCCACCUAUAAAGACGAGAGCUUAUAUCUUUAUUUUCAUUGUAAUGUCGAAGUUAUUCUUUGCAUUAGGGCUGGAGUAGAUUUAUUCAUACUUUUAUAUCAAUUGUUGAAUAAUCUUUAUGGAUCCGUAUUGUUAAACUACUUGAUUUGUUGUAUCGCAAUUCAACUAAACAAUAAUAAAUCUUUUCAAGUAAAGUGGUACGAUCACAAUACAGUACAUUGGUGUCCUUUAUCAUGUUAUCUGUAUUAACGGAAAAGAGUAACUGUGCUUCAUAUAGAGUUACAUCUAAAUAAAUUUAUUCUGAAAUAAAAUUAUGCAUCUUGCAAU